AUGCGUACAUGGUCAGCAGGAAGCCUCGACCUUCCUGUGCGGCCACCCGAUGUAAGCGUCUCCCCUGUGCGUCCAGACAUAUUACGCGAUAAACGUCGUUCGGUGUCUGGCAUGAUGCGUCGCGAUUCGGCCAAUGUGCGGGGUCUCUCACGGGACACAGCCGGCCCGACACUUUCGAAAUGGGAUCAACUUCCUCUGGCACCUGAGCUCCUGCGUUCAUUGAACAAGUUUGGCGUUGGUCCUCCAAAUAAGAUACAGCAACGAGCUCUCCCCUUCCUACUUCGUGGAUCAGAUAUCAUUGCCCAGGCGCCUCCCACACAGGAGCGUAUCGCUGCUUAUGUGAUUCCCGCCAUCCAUGUUGCCCUUGUGAACACCAUCGGGCGGGCUCCGCAUCGAGGGCCUCUGGUUGUAAUGAUAUCAACGACAGUCGACCAGGCCACUCAAGCACAGCGUAUGAUUCGUGAUUUGGGGGGACCUGUCGGUAUUCGAUCUGCGCUAGGAGUCGGUUCACCGAACAAUGAUAUCAGCCAAGAACUACGCUUGCUCCAGCAAAACAUGCCUCACAUCAUCUGUGGUACACCGCAGAAGCUGCAUGCCCUUUUCACCGCACAAGGCGGACUCGUCGGAUCCCAAGUCCGUUUCCUUGUACUAGAUGAGGUCGACCAACUCAUCGCCCGGAACCUCCAUGAUUUCAUCUUUAAUAUUGUCAAAUUACUUCCGUCGCCUCGUCGCCUUUCGGGCUCUGGGGGUUCGACCGGAAAUCUCACGUCUCCGUCGCAGACCUCUCUAUCAACUUCGCUUGACUCUAACGGUUCAUCUCCCGCAGUUCGGAGACUAUCCAGUAUCGGUUCGCUGCCCAAUAUUACAGACAGCGCGAAUAAUCUUAAUCAAUCAAUCGAACGCCAAACCGCACUUUUUUCGAACACCGUUCCUCAAGAUGUUCUCAACUUGGCGACUGCGAUCCAACUGAGGGAGCCAGUUCGUGUUCUUGUGCGUCGUGAUGGCAAUGUCACUCAUGCCGACACGAGCCAAGGCGCUAGAGGCCUCAGGCAAUUCUAUCUGUAUCUUGCCUUCACUGCUGGUGGCCGUUCGGAAUCGAUACCAUCUACUUCUGGUGGCGGCCUCGGUAUCAUUGGCUCAGGCCGCGGGGGGGCCUCUACUGCCGAGACAGUGCAAGCGCGCGAGUGGAAACUAGACGCACUCGGCGAUCUAUUUGAGGACAUUGAUGUGCCUCAGGCUAUCGUGCAUGUGGGCGGCGUGGCGGCGUUAGAUGCCGUCGUCUAUAAGCUAGCAAGUCGGGGCCUGGACCCCGUUCCACUUCAUAGCGACAUGAAUGCUGGAUCCAGGAUGGCAGCUUUGAAUAAAUUUCGUGUCUCGCAAGGGUUUGCACGACCUCUCAUGGCCAAGGUCCUUGUCGUCUACGACGUACAAUUGAAGGGUCCUGAGGUUACCCAUAUUCCACUCGUCAUCAACUACGAUCUUCCCAAGGCUGUCGAAGAAUAUGCUCACCGCGUUGCACCCGCUAUCGCACCCAGCCAUUCUCGUGGUGGAGUCAUCGUCAACUUUGUGACAGCCACAGGCGGUGACGUUGAAAUGCUACGCUCCAUAGAGUGCUUUUACAAAAUCAAAUGCCCUGAAGUACCGAUGAGCCUCCGCGACAUUGUUUAAAUUGCCCUCGACGUUCUUGUAUCCCUACAUCUACCUCUCUUGCUUGCUUGCUAUCUCGUUCCCAUUUCUCCGCUUAAGCUGUUAUAUCAAGUCGCUAUACGCGUUGUUCUAUACCCCUUCCAUGCACCCAUACUAUCCGAAAACUGUCUCCUUACCGGUCCAUUGCUGCCUCUCUUUUCACACACUGUAUAAUCUCUGGCUCUGCUCUCUGUCUGUUGCUUUGCUACUGAAUCACCACUUUAAUUGAUUCCGAACUGGAUAGCCCAUAUUCUCAAUGUACCAUCUUCACUGCAACUCGCGAAGUGCUUUCGUUGUGUCUCCUUAUUUAUGCUCCAGGCCAAUUGAUGGAUGUGGUCCGUGUGCGCUUGCCUAGGUUCGAACAAUAACUUUAGUAUGCUGUCAAUGUUAUUUGGAACAGUGGUUACAUACUC